AUGCUAGAAGUGCUGUUAUCAAUAUUACUGGUACAUCCAGUAUCAGCUUGUAUUGGAUUCGGUUCCAGCGAUUGCUGUCAACAAUCUCAAACAGCAUGUGGUUGUACAUCAUCAUGUGGUGGAACACCUAUAAGUAAUAUCCGUGGGUCAGGUUUACUUCAAUUUCGCAGUCUCUAUAGCAAUGAGCAAAUUAUUAGGCAUUGCUUAAUGACUAUGUCCGAUUUACUUCCAGUGCUUGAUUUAUUUAGAACUGGAGUUCUUCCACCGCCACCACCGCCACCACCACCACCGCCACCACCGCCACCUCCACCAAUUAUUGGAUACUCCGCUCCAAGUGGCUAUAAUUUCGGUGCUUCUCCGAUCCCAUCUUUAAGUUCUUUUCCAGCCUUCAAUGCACCUCAAGUUUUUCCAUCUUACCAAAAUCAGCCAUCUUCGGAGCAAACAGUAUUACUGCAACCCAAUUCUCAAGUGCCACAAACCUACGCAGGAUCUCAAGUAGCAUCGGCACAAUCUUACACAGGAACUCAAAUUGCUCCAGCACCGCAGACUUACUCCGAACCUCAACCAGCAUCUGCCCCUCAAACUUACUCUUCACCUCAAUCAGCACCAGCACCAGCACCACAGACCUAUAUCGAGUCUCAACCAGCACCAGCACCAGCACCACGGACCUAUAUCGAGUCUCAACCAGCACCAGCACCAGCACCACAGACCUACAUCGAGUCUCAACCAGCACCAGCACCACAGACUUACCCCGAAUCUCAACCAGCAGCACAGACUUACCCCGAGUCUCAACCAGCACCGCAGACUUAUUCUGAAUCUAGUCCAGCAUCAGCACCACAGACUUACCCAGAGUCUCAACCAGCACCAGCACCACAGACUUACUCAGAGUCUGAACCAGCAGCAGCACCACAGACUUACUUUGAGUCUCAACCAGCAUCAGCACCACAGACUUACCCCGAAUCUCAAUCAGUAUCUGCACCUCAAACUUAUUCAUCACCUCAACCGGCGCCGGCGCCUCAAACCUACUCUGAGCCUCAACCAGCAUCAGCACCGCAAACGUACUCUGAACCUCAAUCGUCAGUUCAAACCUAUCAUGAACCUCAACUAGCACCAGCAGCUCAAACUUACUCUGAGGCGCAAUCAGCACCAGCACCACAGACUUACUCAGAGCCUGAACCAGCAGCAGCACCACAGACUUACUCUGAAUCCCCAAAAUCUUUUCCAGAACAACAAUCAGCACCUGAUCUUCUAUCAUAUCCAAGAGCUUCCAGUCAAAUUUCUGAUGCUUCUGUUGCUCAAGCAACAUACGGUACUGAGAACAUAGUCGAAAGUAGAACUAAUGAAGCAGCGUAUCAAAAAUCAGCAAAACCAGGCAGUACUGAUGGUUACAAAAAACGUGGAAAACUGCGACAAUUACGAAGACUGUAUUAA